UAUGCGCCCGACUGACUGCUGAUUUUUGAUCUCUCGUCUUUCUGAAGCUGUGCCUUUUCGUCGCAAUACUAAUCCAGCAGCAUAUCUCUCUAUUCCUUGUUGUUCGUCACUGGAGACCUUGGUCGCACCCGAUAGCUCUUUCCGCCAGCCUUUGCGACUACUAGCACUAUGAUAUCCUUUGCGCCAUGGAGCCUGGUCGUCGCGACGUUGGCAUUGUGUGUCGCUGAACCCAUCGCAAAGCCUGAAGCUAUACCACAGCAAAUCUCGAACAAUGCGCCAUUCUCCGGCGCCGUAUAUAUCGUAAACCCAGAAGGCCAAUCAGUCGUAGCGCAAGAUGCAAACUGGUGUCCUUCAUCCGCGUCAGUGAGCUGCAGCAAUGUCAACCAGCCUAGUUGGUGCUGUCCAUCAGGCUACGAAUGCGCCGUACCCGGCAACUCCAACGGACUCAUUGGCUGCUGUCCAAGCGGAAACCAAUGUGGAGGCGCGGUAAACGUCGCACAGGUCACGACCGUAACUGUGUACCCCCAGCAGCAAACGGCAAUCGUGUACGCUCAACCGCCUCCCCAAACGACCGUAUACCAGAACCCAGCUACAGUGCAAGGCGGCUUCUGCGCUACAAUCACAAUGGACGGACCUGAUCUACCCAGAGCGGAGCAAGGAGGAUGCGGCACAAUAUUGAUCGUUGCAGGAGCACCGAGUCUGAAAGUGCUAGGUGUAGGCGCUGGCGUUGUCGGACUGUUCCUACACCUAGCCUUGGGCAGGAUGUUCCAUGGCGCAUGAGGAGAGGAACGAUGUAAAAAGAGCACGAUAAAAGACAUGAUACAUGUUGUAAUGAUUUACGAAUUACGAGUUUACGCAGUACGUUAAUGUACUCGGCGCUA